CGUCAAGGGAGUCCAGUAUUGGACAGGCACUCUGUGGCGUUGCGUGUGCUGGGUCCUUUCGAUUUGUCGGUCGAUUACGCUCGACGCGCGAAAAAUCGUCGAAACGAAUACGAAAACGAAAGAAAUAAGCGAACCGGUGACUGUCGUUGCAACAAAUAUCGGAUUACCCUUUCUCCCGAGGUUUCGCGAGACAGGGAACGCUAAGAGGAGCGCAAUGUCAGCGGCGGUGAGGGAGAGAACGACAGCACACACCAGCAGAAAGAUCGUGAGUCAUGGCGUUUCUAUAUCUGGCCAGAGCCAGCCAGCGACCACGGCCAACAGCCUCGAAAACAACUUAGAUGCUCUUCUCGAGGACUUGCAAACAAGUGUCUCGAGAAGUGCCACCCCGAGUCGAGGAGGCGUGGCACCGUCGUCCCAAGUGGAGUAUCGCGUGGCUGCAAAUCCCACGAAAGUGGUAUCCGAGGCCAGACCCAUUUCGCCGUCGCGAACGAUGACCACCACCACGGAGAAAUACGUGAGCAGUGGACCAAGUGGCGCGACCAGUGGCAUACCCGGUUUAGAGUUCAUCGAUUCGGAAUUGCAAAACGUGCAGCCUGGCCAAAGCAAAACGAUUGCAUACAAACAAGUGUCGUACCAGUACAACAAGAAUCUCGAUGGAAAGCCAAUCGAUACGUGGACAACAACGGACAAUGCGUUGCCUAACGCUAGCUCGGCCUUGAUCGACAACAUUCGCGAAAGGACGUACGAAGAAAGCACGAUCCAUCGAGGCUCGGAACCUGCUAGCAAAACAUUCAACAGAGAACUAGUAUACAACGAUGGUUCCACGCCUCGUUCGAAACAGACCUCGCCUCUGCCUGGCGUCCAACAGAGAGACGUCAAAUACAUUCACGAAUCUUCAUGCUACCAAACGGAACCACCACCGUUCCUGACCACGGGGACCCCAAACGCCGCUCAGGAAUACGGAAACACGGAGUACAUACCGGUGCCAUCGCCAACGCCAACGAUACCGAUCAACCUGGCACCGGGACCCAACACGAAAGUCACGACCACGAUCAAAACAUACACCUACGAGCUACCAGGAGCACCUGAGACGUAUCUACCGGGUGGCGGUGUGCCAGGAACAGUUGUGCUCCCAGGUGACCAAACGAUCACCUACACGUUACCCAAAGGCGCCAGCUCCACCACGGAUAAAACGGUCACCUACCAAACGGUGACUGAAAACGUUCCACCCAGGACACCGAUCAGGUACGGAAGUCCACCUCUGGUGACUGACAUCACGAAGAAGUCGACGACCCUGCACCAGGAAUCGAAAUUCUUCAGAGAAGAGCACCUCGGAGGCCAGCCAGGCCAACCGACUCCGGUUGUCUAUCACUCUGAUCCGCCAUUGCAGACCACGCUCACGCGAAACGAGAAGUACUACCAGGUCGAGGGUAGCUACCCUAACGGACAUGGCCCUGGUGAUCGACCAGACUACCCGGGAACGACUGUUAUUUAUCAGAAUCAACCACCCACGAUAAACGAGACACACACCACGAUUAAUCGGAUCGAGGAACAUUAUCCCAGCAGGUCGCCACCUGGUGGUCGAUACGUGACACCUGAGAAACCGGGAACACCGGUUAAUUAUUACACUGUGACGCCACAGGCCACCCCACCGCAGUCGAACACGACUAUAUAUAAGUUUUCUAAUACGACCACGACUGUACCCCCUAAUAAGAAUGCUGAGGACCAUGAGGUGUUGCUACCAAAACCAUUUCCGGUCGGUGGGGUUCAAGUCUGCCCCCCUAAGCCUGCUACGAUUGAGCAAACUCCGCCGAAAAAGUUGGAAGACCUUAUGGCAUCCUUCUCUGACUCGGAGCGCGAAGUACUAGAAAACAUCGAGAAAAGAGAAAAAGGACAACAAAAAGAAUCACCGAACGUUAAAAAGGAAGUCGACUUUCUGCCCCACACACCGCCCAAAGUAAAAAGCAAAAAUGUUGCUGGGCCUCCGGUCUACUAUCCCCCUGGGUCAGGAGAAUUCACCAAAAAGGAAGAAUCUAGCGCAGCAAUGUCGCAGGCAAGCGGAGGAUGGCAAAAGGCUAGCGCAAAAUACGAAUACGAAGCAUCCAGCAAGAGCAAAUCGAAAACCAAAAGCGGGGGGGCUGUGGUCCCCGUUUGCCUGCCCCUUUGUUGCGCCAUGCCGUGUGUAAUUAUAUAACCUAUUGCAAGAUUAAUAUAAAAUCGUAUCGAUCGGCGAUAUUAACAAAAAAUCCAUAUUUAAUAGCUCGAACGAAAAAAACACGUCUGACUUAAUCAGUCUUCCGUUACUCGAGUAUGUUAAAAAGCAAAAAUGAAUCUUUAGCGUAGUAAAGAAUCUUAGAAAGAUGUACAAAUGGCGAGUAGAAAAAAAAAAUAGACGAUUAAAAAAUUGUUACAAUUCCAGUUCAAAGCAAAAGUAAAA